AUGUCCGAGUCAUCACCCCCAACUUCCACAAUCGUGGCAGCAACAUCAGAGCAGGCCUCACCCACAGUAUCCCCAUUCAUACUCGCAUUCGACAUCGUUGUCGCUGUCUUCAGCUUCCUCUUCUCCUUCAACUGGUCAGGCUUCUUCUCACGGCUUUUCACUAUAAUCAGCUUUCCUUUCCGCCUAAUUCUCAUACCGUUGUCUUUCUUGCUCAACAUCCUUCUCGUCGUGUUUGCACCGGCUAUUUAUCUCGUUUCUUACACACUUGCUGGCGUACGCUCUGUAUGGGCGUUUCUGGCUAGCUUAGAGCCGCUAUAUACUUUUUUUGGUGCUGCAGCUGGCGUCGGCAUCUUGGCUGGCAUCGGCUUGGCCAUAUUCUCAUCCAUCAUCACGUCCUACCUAGGAAUGCAGAGCGAGGAUAUUGACUCAGGCGGGUCAACUUCUAAGGGCAGUUUUCUUGAGACCAGCAGUCGACGAGAUUCGCAAUCUUCAGGCACUGAGCUCGACUGGCAGUGGCUUGACUCCUCCAGUCAAAGGCGCCGACCAGGUGGCUUACUAUCGCAAACCAUUCACGAGGAGGACGAUGAUGAUUCAGAGUAUUGA